AUGAUUUUCACGACAAUACUGAUGUUUGGAGUUUCCGUGUUAUCCGAAGAUGCUUCAACCCAAACAAGAGAUGCUUUCAUUGUUGCUAGCAAGUUCCCGCAGUCGAUGUAUGCUGUUGAGAACAUGGACCUCGUGCUGGAGUACAGUCUCUACAAUACAGGCGACAAGGCUGCUUUAAAGGUUACUCUCGAUGAUCGUCAUUCAUUCCCCACGCAGUCGUUUGAUAUUAUGAAGGGUCUUCUCAAUGUUCGCUUCGAGAGAAUCAACCCUGGGGCAAAUGCGACUCACUCAGUUGUUAUUCACCCACGCCAUUUCGGAGUGUUCAACUAUACUUCUGCGCAAAUCACUUACACAUCGGAGGAAAGUGGGGAAGUUCAUAUAGGAUACACUAAUGCUCCGGGGGAAGGAUACAUCUACCGCUUGAAAGAAUAUGAACGCAAGUUUGCUCCUAAAUACCUCUACUGGGUUGUGUUCUUCAUUCUAAUUGCGCCUACGACUCUCGGAUCCUAUCUUGCUUACUCCAAAAGCAAAAAGAAAUAUGAGGAGCUUGGCAAGAAGAGGAAUUCUUAG